UUGUUGACAAAUUACUUGUGCUCAACGGUAUCAUCACAUUGCAUCGACUUAAAACUGAUGUAAAUUGAAAUUUUUACAUUUAACCUAAAAACUUACUGCCACAUAAACACAGAAGCUCACUAAAAUAAAAAAAAAAAUUUAAAUUUUAUUUAAAAAAAGUAACGGGUAAUCUACAAGCCAACUAAAACAACCUACGCUCUAAAACAAACCACACCAGCCUGCCAGCCAGUCAAGUCAGCCUGGAGUUAGUAAAGUUUAAUAUUUGUUGCUUGUUGAGAUUUGGCGAAGUCCCAAGAUUACAGUAAAAAGCGCAAAAAAUGGCACUACGCCUGCGACGUGACGUACAGAAGGCAUCGUAUUAUGUUUGGUUUUUGGGCGCCGAGGAGGCGAAAGGUUUGCGCGGUACUCGUGUCAUCAAUUCAGUGCUGCCGUAUCUGAUUGAUCGGUCACGCGGACAAGAGCCACUCAAGGUGACGCUGCAGGUCUCUCACAAGGGUAUUAAGAUAUUACAGGGCUCUUCGAAACAUUUUAUACCACACAGUGCCAUAACCAGCUCCGUGCAAACAGAUGACAUCGUUGCAUGCGUUUUGUUGCUUUAUAAUCCGGCAACAAAAUGUCCAUUGCACGUACACGCCUACCGUUGCGAUUCCGAGUCCACAGCUGAAGCGUUGCAUCAACAGCUGCAAAUAUUAAUCAAUCGCCCAGAAAAUCAAAAACGCUUUGAGGAAUUGGAAACACGGUGAGUAGGCAAAUUUUUAUUUAUAAUUUAUUCGUUGUAAGUUUCUCUCAACUUUCAUUCAUAUAAGUACAUAUGUAUGUACAUAAGUAAGUAUAUACAAGUUUGUGUCUUAAAUCUUCCG